UGAAUAGUUAGAAAGUUUAUUUUCAAUUUUCAUAUGAAUAUGUACAAAAAAUGACUAGAAAGCAAUGCAUUUGUUUUAUUAUUUCUCAUAAUUUUUGCAAUCGUUACUGUUAUUAUUAUUAUUAUUGUUAUUGACAUUGAAAUUGCUUUCUUAGUCUGAAAAAUGGACAUGACGUCCAGGCUUCUUCAUUGAUUGGCCUGGAUGUUUUAAACACGUUCGAAGUUUGUAUGGGUUCAUAUUAUUUUGUGACAAGUUUGUCUUCAAUCGUGUGGAUUUUUCAUGUAAAUCUGCAUUUUUGUCUUUUGUUCGUUCACCGUAGAUAGUAGGUUUCUCUCCAAAAUAGUGAUAAUAGUAAUAAUUAUAACAAUUGUAGUAAGAAUAAUAGUGGAAAUGGUAGCAAUAAUAGUAGUAGUCGUAUUGGUAGUAUUGGUAGCAGUAGUAGUAGUAGUUGCACCAGUAAUAAUGAUAAUAACAAAAAUUAAGACAGAUUUGUUUGGGAUCGGCACGACUGUCCAUCGAUAUGUUUAUUUAUUUGUGAGCGUUGUACAGUCAAACCGCUCAGCAAAUGCGUUUUUACAAACUGAUUAUCAUCGCUCUAGACUGAUAUUAUAUAGACUUGACAUAUGCUUAGACUAUUUCCAUUCAAAUUUUGAAUAGAAAAAGUCGAUCGAGUCACGUGACUGCAAAUCAAUAAAGAAUGUACAUUCUUUUGAACAUACGUAUGUUCGAAAUUGAUGUCAUUUAUGAAAACGAUGAUAAAAGUAAGGAGUAAAACGACGAAAAAUGUUAGUCAGUUAGCCAUUUACGUUAGUUAUGAAGACUGAUUUGGUGAGCAUAAUCUCAUUCUGGAAUAAGAAUGAAAAACGUAAAUUUGGAUUAAGCAAAUGGCCAUGGCAGAGUAGAGGUGGACACUGUACAAACAUCUUAGGAUAAGAAGGAUGAUCAGGUUUGUUGAUGCACUGCUUUUGGACUCGUCGGAAUAUGACUGACACUUUCACGAGAACUAAAUUUAAUAUCAACUAGACGGGAAUUCGCUCGACCUUGAGACUGCAGUAUAGUCGUCCGUAAUAAGAAUAAUAGUAGGUCAGAUGACCUGUGUUAAUCCUUGGUGUAUGCUUCCCAGUGAAGAUUCAGUUUUCCUGGUAUACUUCUUCAUAUCUGUGUAUGUUUUCUAAUUUUGGUUCGAGUGUAGAUUGUUGUUGUUGUUGUUGUUGUUGUUACGUUGACCAAGGCACCUCUGGAUGCUGUGAGAGUACUUUUGUGGAGUGUUUCUCAACUUGGUGGCAUCGGCCACACUGCUUUGACAGUUUCUGUCGAGAUGAGAAAGUCCAUCUAUCAGUACAGUUAUCCGCGCGAUUUUGAACAAGUGAGUGAAGGCUAUUGACCAUCUACAGGAAUUAUAAUUCAGAGUAAGUAAGACUAGACGAUCAUACGAAAAGCAAUUGGUUAGGGAUUCUAGAUAUAUUCCGAAACGGUUAUUCUCGUAUAUAGAAAGGCGAAAUCAGAGAAGUAAUGGAAUUGCAUCACUUUUGAUACAAGAAAAUCCGUUAAUCUUGGCAGAAAAUGAUACCGAAAAAGCUGGAGCUUUAUCGGAAUAUUUUAGUAGAGUGUUUUCUAUCACUAAUGAAAUACGACCAACGAUUCAUUAUGAUCGUAACGGCUCGCGGAUGGAUCCUGUGGUCAUUGAGAAAGGUACUGUUUUAAGGCUACUUCAGCAUAUCAAACCUGAUAAGUCCAGUGGUCGUGAUAAUAUUCAUCCUAGGAUUAUGAAAGCCAUAUCAGAUGUAAUUGCUGAACCUUUAGCGAUACUGUUUGGCAUGUCUCUAAAGCAGUCCAGACUGCCCAGAGACUGGAAAGACGCUAUAAUAAGUCCGGUGUAUAAGGCUGGGAGUAGGGAUUUAGUUAGUAACUAUAGAGCCGUUAGCUUAACUAGUGCAGUUGUAAAACUGAUGGAAAAAAUCAUUCGGAUAUCUGUUAUAAACUAUGUUGAAAGGCAUAAUCUUUUCUCCAGGGAACAACAUGGUUUUCGGAGAGGCCUAUCGUGCUUGACAAAUCUUCUCAUUGCAAGAGAAGACUGGGCUGCUGCAAAAGAUCAGAAUAUUCCUGUAGAUGUGAUCUUCAUAGAUCUAAGUAAGGCUUUCGAUAAGGUCUCCCAUUGUGGUCUUAAAUUCAAACUGGAACGCUUCGGAAUCCAUUAUACAGUCGUAGAUUGGAUAAGUAACUUUCUCCAUGACAGGAGACAAAGGGUAAGGGUUAAUGGGGCUCUUUCAUCGUGGGUACCUGUAAAAAAUGGAGUUCCCCAAGGCACAAUCCUCGGUCCUCUUCUCUUUUUACUUUAUGUAAAUGAAUUACCAACUGUAGCAAAAUCAUCCGUUCUACUAUUUGCUGAUGACAUAAAAAUUUGGAGACCCAUACACAAUAUGUCGGAUAGAAUGGUAUUACAGAAUGAUCUUAGCUCACUGGUGGCAUGGUUAGACAGGUGGUCACUUGAAGUAAAUCCUAAUAAGAGUGUGGUGAUGCAAUUAAAUAACAAUGAUGAAUCGUAUCACUAUACAAUACGUGGAUUCGUACUACCCAAAGUAAGAAACUAUAAAGAUUUGGGAGUCAUAUUAAGUAGUGAUCUGAAAACCACUAGUCACUGUAAGGCUGCUGCUGCGAAAGGCUAUAGGGUAUUAUGGUCUGUUCGUAGGUCUUUUCAGUAUUUAGAUGAUGAAAUGUUUAGAUUACUAUACCGUAUUUAUGUGCGACCACAUUUAGAAUAUGGAAUUCAAGCAGCAAGUCCUUGUUUCAAGUAUGAAGCAGAUAUGCUAGAGCGAGUCCAACGACGAGGUACUAAGAUGGUACAAGGUCUAUCUGGACUAUCUUAUGAAGACAGGUUGAGACACCUCAACUUAUUUCCGUUAUCUUACCGUCGAAUACGGGGUGAUCUAAUAUUGGCUUAUCGUAUACUUAUCGUAUACGAUGACCUUGGUAUUAACAUGUCCUAUCUUUCACUUCCGUCUGGGACUGAUCGUUUGAGAGGACACUCGAAAAAAAUUCAAAAACCGAGAUCAAAUCGUUUACGUCUGGAGUUUUGUUUCUCUCUUCGAGUAGUGAAUUAUUGGAAUUCUCUACCGGAACACGUAAUAUCAGCACCUUCUGUUGAUAUAUUCAAGACGAGAUUGAACCUCCAGAGUAUUACGAACUGCAAGGAUUAAUACAGGUCAAUAGACCUCCUAUCGUUAUUACUGAAGACUGAAGAUUAUGAGUAGUCGGAUGAUAGUGAUUGUUGAUUGAAAUAACCAUUCAAUUCAUAGCGGACAUGUGUAACAAGUGAAAGCUAAUGAAGUAAGUGAUUUUAAUUUUAUUUCUGUUUUGUGUUUAACUAAAUUUAAUGAUGCAGAUAAUUGUGAACUUGAGACAGGUAGUUGCAAUUUGGACACCGAUGAUUUCCUCAAUAAUGAUGACUCUGUAGAUAUAUGCUGAUUUCAGAUAAGAGAAGAAAGCGAGAAUGAGAAUUUUGAACAAUUGAGAGGAUGUGACAAUUACAACCAAGAGAACAUUAUAGACACGUGGACAGACAAACAGUCUGUGUCAGUUGUGGUAACCGGACAAUAUAACUACUGUACAGUUAAAUGUCUUGUGUUGUCUUUUAAUCUGUCAUAAUUAUCCAAUACAGUUUUUGUGUGACUACUUCG